CAUAGAUCAAUACCCAUUCAGUUCUUCUCACUGAGUAAACCGCCAAUGAGACUCCCCCGAACGAUCCCCCUUCUCAAAGGGGUGACCAGCAAAACCCCCGCUCCCACACGAUGCUUCUCCACCACAAUAUCCCGCUCGAGAUCACGGAUCGCGUUGGACAUUCCCCCUCCAUUUCCAGUGACACAGACAUGUCCAGAACCGGGCUGCUCCUGUCCUCCAACCCCGGAGCUGCCCGAGGGCCUCCCAAUCGACUAUGACCAGCCGUUAAACGGGACCAUGGCGGCUUACACCCAACAACUUCUCAUCUGCACGGGACAACGCGAUUGGACGAGUCGCAUUGAGGAAGAUGGCCAGGGAACGGGCUGGGGUGAACUGGCUAGGGGAUUGAAGAAGCUGAUGGGUCGGGGGGGACAAUACGCUGAUCCCUUUAAUAACGUCCUCGUUUCCAACUCGUCCUUCCCCUCCUCCUCGAAGGACACUACAUCCACCUCCGCCUCCGCAUUCCUCUUCCCCAGCUUCAAAUACUUCCCCUCCGUCCCCGCCGAACCAACGAGCGCCCCCACCCAACCCGACCUCUCCACCUUCGUCCGCGGCUUCCUCUUACCCGAGCAACUCAGCGCCUUCCAAUCGUCCCUCCCCGAGUCAAAACAGGCAGAACUCACCCGCCGGCCGGAACUAGCAGCGGACUUCCCCGCUAUCGACAUCCGACACUCGCCGUUCGUGCUGAUCUGCGGCCACGGUGGCCGCGACAUGCGCUGCGGCAUUAUGGCGCCGGUGUUGGAAGAGACGUUCCGGAGUGUUCUGGACGGAAAGGGCUUCACUGCGUCUGCUAUGGGGGAUGUCAAUGGCGGGGAAUCCAUUGAUAGUCCCGAGCGGGCGCACAUCGGGCUGAUCAGCCACGUCGGAGGACACAAAUACGCGGGGAAUGUGAUUGUUUAUAUUCCGCCGGAGAUGAAGCUGGGCGACGAGACGCUGCAUCCACUGGCUGGAAAGGGCAUCUGGUAUGGGCGGAUUGAGCCCAAACAUGUACCUGGUAUUGUGGAGGAGACGAUACUGGGGGGAAGGGUGGUGAAGGAUCACUUCCGGGGGGGAAUUGGGAGGGAGGGAGAUAUUUUGCGGUUGUAG